AUGUCUGCGAAGAAGAAAAGCAUGGCGAAGCCUCUCGAGGUGAUUCCGACAGCAGCCAUGUCAGGAGGCGUUGCUGCGAAGACGGGUCCUGCUGAACCUGUCAUGUCGCCUGCAAGCCCAGGCAGCUCACCCGGACGGAGCAGCUUUCAAAGCCACGUGCGAGCAAUGUCGAUAGCCGAGUCUACCACCGGCUCGUCCAUACGAACCAACCGCUUCUCGACAUCCUUCCCAGUACAAGCACAAGCCUCGGCCUCGACAAGUCCUACACGCAUUGCAGCGAAGUCCCCAAGUCGAGAGCCUCAGGCAGUCGUGCCUGAGUCGCUGGCAUCACCGACUGGCCCUACAGAUACCAACUUCUUAACUGCGAUCGCUGCACAAGAGCGAAGGGUGCUGGAGCUGAAGGAGGAGUUGCAACGUGCCGAAGCUCACUUGAACAAGCUGAAGUUGAGCUGGACGCAGCACGAAGCGAACAAGAAGCGGAAUGAUGCGCGGAGACUAACACAGCUGCAGCCAUUGCAGACCAGUCCGACGGUGGCCGACAACGAGGAGGACGCGGACGGGUCCGGUGCAUUGAUGCAGCAGGAAAUGGAGAGGCGCAAAGCGUUGAUCAAUGGUGGUCGGAGUAGUCAUCGGACCGUCUUUGCUGGCUCGAGACAUGCCCGAACAUUAUCUCUCCUAUCGCCUGGACGAGAUGAGGUGCGGUCGCCUGUUGGACGUAUGGGACCUCCACCACCACCGAGAAAAGAGAGCCUGGUAGGGGUAAGAAGGCCGAGCUUGGAUUCGAUAGCCUCGGCGAAAAGACCAGCGCUUUUGGCAAGGACCUCGACCACGCCCGACUUGACGACCGAGAUCUCCCGCUCAGCCAAGCCGAGCAUAGACCUCUCAGACAGCCUGGAGAAGAGCAUCGAUCAUGAGGCACUACUGCAGACUGGCAAGAAGAUGGCUACUGAUUUCCGGGACGGACUAUGGACAUUCCUUGAGGACCUGCGGCAAGCGACAGUUGGUGACGAGGCUACUCAGCACCAACCUGUUGUGCCUGGUGCCCCGCCAAUUUUGAGAAGACAUGCAUCGACGCGCACUGUCCAGUCACGAUCGAGCAAGACCCGACUUCGUCCAGCUUCGAAAGAUCGUGGCACCAAGACACCGAGCCCAGCUCGUAAGCACGCUAAGAGCGCCACACAAGGAGCCCUGCCGGACCUCGCAAACCCGAAUUUCUGGAACGAGCAUGGCGUAGACGCGACUACACCCGUAGUUUGUGCAGCAACUGUCAAGAAAUCACCUACAGUGAGAGGGCAGCACAAGUCAACUCCUGCCAAAGGAGGGAGCGUCGCAAGUAACGACGCGUGGGACGCUUGGGACGAGACAGCCGACAGCUCCCACGCCUCCCGAUCGUCCAGCGCAGCCUCCGAUACGACAACAUUACCCUCCAUAGUCUCCGGCUCCGGAGCAGCGAGCCCAGCCGUACGACUGUGUCGUGAAAGUGCCUCGAAGCUCUCCACCUCGCCUUCGGAAAGUACACCUACGAAGACAUCUCCAGCAUCGAAAAAGGAUCCUUUACCGUGGCCUACAUUGUCCAAAUUCGGGCCUGCUACUUUGAGACGGACUGCAAGCCAUCUAAUGAAUGAGUGGGAGAAAUCGUUGACUCCCUCACCUGGAAAAGAGUUCACAGGGCAGGAAGAUUAUCUUGGAUUACAUACCGAACAUACCAGCACACCUAGGACCUCCAAAGGAGCAGGAGUAGCAGUGGGAGGAGGAGGGAAGAAGGAAUGA